CAACCUGAUCAAGAAAACAGUCAAAAUUUCCAAAGAAAGGCCAAUUAAUUUUCUUAAAAAGCCGCUGUAUCUAAAGCGUAAACUAGGCAAGUAGAUAUUUCUGACCAAAUACAGAGAAAUCUAAGCCAAAUUUGAAGAAAAAGGGGAUGAAACAUGUCCCAAUUGAGAUCCAUGCCAAGAAGGUAAUCUUUCAUCAUAAUGCUGGGUAGAUUUCUCCAAGACAUGAAUUUGUCACCCUAGAGUCCCAGAAGAUGAGUUAUAAUGGGUCUCCAUCAAAAUCAUCGACACAUAAUUACAACCUUUUAAACGUUGGGGUGUUUGAAAUGCCACAAUCUGAUUUGCAUAAAGAAUAUGUGAGCUUCAUUGCUGAAGAGUCCUUGCCUCAUAUAGAUGGGAACAAGAAGUCAUAUUUCCGAGUACCAAAGUACAAACCUCAUUCAAAGAAGUCAAGCAAGGAGAGGGAAGGAAGAGCGCUGUCAAAAUUAUCCCUUAAGAACGAUAGGAAUAGCUCCUUGCCAGCCGUCCCAUCGAUAGGCUCCUCAAAGGGUCAUAAAAACUUUAGCGUUGAAAGCCAGCUUUUAAAUUUCAAAUAAAAUCAAAACUCAGGAAAAUUCAAUAGAACUCCUUCCUAAAAUCAACGAAGAUCUUUUUCUAAAUGGGGUCAAUCAGAAUUACGAAAAUUCAAUCCCAAGCGAGAAUGCAAAAUCCAUGAUCCAGGGCAAUAAAGAGGCUAGAAGAGAGGCGUCUAAACAAGUAGAAGCUCUUCCUAGCAAAGAAGGCAGAAAUGUGAUGUACUCAAAGAUCGCAAAAAGAAAAAUCACUCCUCAGCACAAACGCGCAAGCACUGGAGGUGGUGACCUCACAGAAGAGAAUUCAAGCUUUUAUAGUAAUGCCAGUAACAUUUUCUGAAACCCUACUAGCAAAGUUGAGAGCAAGAAGGAAGCUGAAUAGGCUUCCUCUUCUUCAGUAAAUCUGUAGGCUAUAAGAACUAUCCAGCAACUGCCAGAAUUAUUUCAAUAUCCUCG